AUGAUCGGCUUCGAAACUGCUGGCUGCGCACGGGUCCACUCAACCCCGUUGAGGGAGGUGCUGGUGCUGCUGCUGUUGCUGCUGCUGCUGCUAGCAUUCCUGCAGCAAAGAAGACAGCAGCAACUGCGGCUCUACCACUGGUACAGUCAGCAGCAGCAGCAGCAAGUGCAGCAACGUCUGCAACGACAGCAGCAACAACAGCCACGCCAGCAGCUGCAGCAACAGCAGCAGCAGCAGAAACAGCAGCAGCAGCAGAAACAGCAGCAGAAACAGCAGCAGCGACAGCAGCAGCAAGAACAAUCACAGCCCCAGAAACAGCAGCACAGCCAGAUCCAGCAUCAGCAGCAGCAACAACAGCAGCAGCAACUGCAGCAGCAGCAGCAGCAGCAUGGAGGAAGCUGCUGCACCGCCAGCGCCCUCCGAGGCGUUGGAGACUUCCCCCAAGGAGGACUCACAAGCCGAAGCAGCCUCGUAAAGGGGUUUAUCGAUGAAGAGCAGCAAGAAGCUAUUGCUGCAGCACCAGCAGCAGAAGCUCCUGCUGCUGCUGCUGCAGCAGCAGAUCCAGCAACAGCAGCAGCAACAGCAGCAGCAGCAGCAGCACAAGCUGAUUCAGGGGGGUCUUGUGUGUCAAAGGAGACAGAAAGGAGACAGAUCGGAGACAGGGAGAAUGAAGGAGACAGUCAAACUACUGCUGCUGCUGGCGCUGUUGUUGCUGCUGCUGCUGCACCCAACAGCAACAAUAGCAGCAACACUACUACUACCAGCAGCAGCAGCAGCAGCAGCAGCAGCAGCAAGACGUUGAGCUUGUGUGAUGUUGAAAAGACUAUCUUCUGUCUCCAAGAUAAACUGCAGAAGCUGAGACGACGAAUAAAAGACAGAAAAACAAGUGAGAAGCGGCGGAAGAGACAGCAGCGUAGAACAUUAACGCCGCUGCAGCAGCUAGAAGCAGAAGCAGCAGCACUGCACAAGCAAGUGCAGCAACUUCAAUACAUCCGAAAGCAGAAACAGCAAGGGCACCCCAACCUGCAGCAGCUUCAGCAGCAGCAGCAGCAGCUCCUGAAGGAGCAGCAGCAACUCCAACAGCAGCAGAAGCAGCUGCAGCUGGCCCUGUGCUCCUCCUCGUCAGACGAUCCUACUGCUGCUGCUGCUGCAGCAGCAGCAGCUGCUGCUGCAGCAGGUGCUGCUGCUGCUGCUGUUGCUGUUGCUGAAGUGGCAGAUGCAGAGCCGGAGCUGGGAACGGAGACAGAAGAAGAAGAAGAAGAAGAAGAAGAAGAUGAAGAGGAGACAGAUGAAGAGGAGACAGAUGAAGAAGAGACAGAUGAAGAGACAGCUGAUGAAGAGACAGAUGAAGAGACGGAGGGAGAUGAAGAGACAGAGGGCGAUGAAGAGACAGACGAAGAAGAAGAGACAGAGACGAAGAAGAAGAGACAGAGACGCGAGACAGAAGAAGAGAGACAGCAGCGGCAGCAGCAAGAAAGAAUACAGCGAGCUCAAAACAGAGACAGAAUGAAAACAAACGCAGCAGCAGCAGCAGCUGCUGCUGCAGCAGCAGCAGCAGCAACAGCAGCAGCAGCAGCAUUGCACCCAGGAACAGCCCUAUCACUCCCAGCCCUCCCCCCACCACCACCACCACCACCAGCAGCAGGAGCAGCAGCAGCAGCAGGAGCAGCAGCAGCAGCAGGAGAAGACUUAUGUUUGUCUCUGUCGGGUUUAAGAGAAGCAGCUUAUGCUCGGCGUCGCUUGCAAAGGGUUCGCGAGAUGAGAAUUGUGCCGCAUUGUUUAUGCCCUGCGGAGAUAAAGAUAAAAUAUUAUGAAGGAGGAAGCGUAAUAAUAUAUUUAGAGAAGGCAAGACAUUCUGCUGCAUGCAUGUGCAGCCAAAGCAAGACGUAUAAAGUAGCGCCUCUUGUAGCUAGCUAUAUUAAGAGGCAUUGCUAUCUGCCUCUUCCGGCAUUAAAACUUUGCUUUGACUCCCCCGAGGCUGCUAUUCAGAUUGCUAGAGAGCCGCCACCAGCAUCGGCGUCUCCAGUUAGUGAAAAGCAUAUUGAACACUGUCUCUACGCUGCUCGCAGACUUCUCAAAGACGAAAAACUCAAGCAGCAGCAGCAGCAGCAGCAGCAGCAGCAGAAACAGCUGCAGCAGCAGCAGCAGCAGCAGAACAAACAUACUUCUCCUUCUACUCCUGUUGCUGCUGCUGGUGCUGCUGCUGCUGCUGCUGCGGGUGUGGGGGAAGCGGGAGGAGGGGGAUCACCCUCUGCUGCUGCUGCUGCUGCUGCUGCUGCAGGAACAGCAGCAACUGCAGCAGAGACAGGAGAAGGGUGGGGUGUAGCUACGGCAUCAGAGUUAUUUAUUGAAAACUCCGAUGAAGAAGCAGAUAGGACCCAAGGAGACAACGAAAAGGAGACAGCAGCAGCAGCAGCAGCAGCAGCGGAGGAAAUAGAAACAGAAGAGUUGCUGCAGCUGGAGCUGCGCAGGUGCAACAGCAGCAGGGGCCCCCCUAAUAAUAGCCGCAGGGCUGGCAGCAACGAUAUGCUGCUGCAGCAAAGAAGGAGACAGUCUGUGCGUCUGAGAGAUUUAUUAAGACAGCCGCAAACUCCUAAGAGCCCCAGCAAAAAGAGACAGAGACAAAACACAAAACAAAACCGAGCAGCUGCAGCCAGAGGUAGGGGCAAAGGUAACAGCAGCACAGGCGAAACAGCAGCAGAAGCAAGCAGCAGCAGCAGCAAAAACAACAGCAACAGCAAAAAUAGCAGCAAUGGAAAGAGAAAUACAAGCAACAAAAAUAACAGCAGCAGCAGCAGCAGCAGCAAAAACAGCAGUAGCAGCAACAGCACCACCAGCUGCAGCAAAAACAGCACCAGCAGCAGCACAGACACACAAACCCAUUUGCAUGAAGCAGAAGGGGGGCCCCAACCUUCAGAAAAUGCAGCAGCAGCAGCAGACGCUGCAGCAGACGCAACAACAGCAGCAGCAGAAGCAGCAGCAGCAACAGCAACAACAGGAAGCGAAGCAUCAAAUACAGCUGCAACAGAAGGAGACACAGCAGCAGCUGCAGCAGAUGCGCAGCAGCAUCUCCCAGCAGCAGGUACCCCGGGUGAGGAGGAGAACAACAGCAGCAGCAGCAGCAGCAGGGGGCCCCCUAAAGAUGCAGCAUGGGCAGCAUUAGCAGCUUACUUCCUGCGUCAGACAAGAAUGUCUGAAGAAGGCGAUGCGGCUAUGCAAAGAGAGACAGUUGAAGAUAUAUACAAAUACCCUCAAGGGGGCCCCCUAGAGAGACCGUCAGACCAAGACGCAGAUCAGCAGCAGCAGCAGGAGACGGAGAAAACGAGGCGCAACAGUUGCAGUGUUUUUGAGUGCAGCAGCAGCAGCAACAACAACAACGGAUGCAGCAGCAGCAGCAGCAGCAGCAGCAGCAGCAGCUGUUUGCGCUCGCUACCGGAAAGAGUGGAGGAGAAUGAAAGCAGCAGCAAAGACCGUCACCAGGAAUAG